GCUUCCGAGGCUGUCUGUCAGUGAGCUCAGCGGCUGACGAUGCAGGGAGAGCAGAUUAUGAAGGGGAGCUCACCAGCUCUCAUUGUCUCAAUGGCUGCACACGUAUUCCUCUUCUCUGCCUUGCUGUCCGCCCUCAGCCAGCCCACCCUGUCCUUAGAUCAAGUGCCUCCACUCCUGGAGAGAAGCACAGAAGAGGACUACGUCACAGAGGUCCCAUACCCAGCUGUGAGAAUCAGAGCGGGUGGUCUUGAUGGAAUGAGCUUGGAGACUCAGGGUUACGUGCCCACUAAAGAAGCCCCACUCAGAAGAUUACUGAAGCUGCAUGGCUGGCACCACCUCAACCAGCAUGGCCAUGGCAAGGGCAAGAGAAAGCUGCUCCAGUCCCCCAUCCACGGGCCCUACUCUCCCCUGAGCGUGGCCUACAAUGGCAAGACCUGCAUCCUUUUCAAGGCCAAGCGCCUGGCCAUCCGCUACCAGAACCACACAUUCGUAGACCUGACGGAGAAGACCUUUGGACCCAACGCCCCUGUGGACACCAAGGGUUCCAUCUGCACCAAGGAGAAGGCUACGCUCUCGCUACAGUUUGGAGAUGUGGAGGAUCUCAGGGGACUUGUUCUCAGGCUGCAGAUGUCCAACAUUUUCUACGAGUCAGCAGGGCAGAACUGGUUCACCUUAGACAGCGUCCACAUCCACUACAAUUGGACCCAUGAAGCUACGUUCAACGCCAGUGAGGUGUACGCCCCCGCCACCUCCUCCUACCACUGCCAGCAUGUCAGCAGUCAGCACAAAUAUGACACCCUUCUGGUGCCCAGCUCACACACCGACACCUCAGCUAACUGGCACAUCACUUUCACUGACUUCCAGAUCCAGGCGUUCAACGUCAUGUCUGACAAGUUUGCGUCUGCCAGCGACUGUGCCAACUUCCUGACCCCGGCCAUCCUGAUGGGCUUGGUGACCUCUCUGAUCCUGCUGUUGGUCCUGGCCUACGCUCUGCACAUGGUGGUCCACCUCAAACACAUUGACCGCUACGAGGAACACAAAGCUAUGGUGUACUUCCCACGCAGGCUGAGCAAAGCUCUAGAGUGCAGAGACUCACAGCCGUGCGAGUUACCUGACAAGAACUGCCUGUGAGAGAUGGAGGAAGAAAGAGAUAGAAGAUGAAGAGGGGGGAUGCUGCCAAAUGCAAGAGUGAGAAAGUAUCACCCACACGGUUUUCCACGCUUCCAAAUGUUUGUUUACUAGUGACAACUAUUUUGACCUGUUGGCUUUUAUCAUUUCUCCAUAUGUAAGAUCAACACAUUUGACAUGUUAUCACUUCUAAGCUAUCACAUUUUUUGGAGCAUUAAAACAGUUUUUUACCACUUCAUUUUUUUUUUAUUGACCUGAACACACAUUAAUAUCCUACGUAAAGGUUAUUAGAUGUUAAACCCUCUUGACGGUGGGGUUAGAGGUCAGGAAGAGACCAGGGGCCCAGGAUGGCUACAGUGUCCCCAGGCUUUCACUUGCGCACCUGAUUCAACAGUUAACGACUGCAGCUAACCCUGCCAUUGUCCAAGCCUGCUAAGCGGCCUUCACUAUUUGGCAUAACUAGACUUUGGUGUGUUGAGUCCCCACUCUCCAUCGCUAGCCUUGACACAUUGCCAAAUUCACUAUCUCAUCUUCAAUACCAGCACGAGGAAUCUUUUGAAGUUGAAUUAGAUGGUUUAGCACAGUAUUUCUAAAGUGGUGUGUGUGAGGAUCCACUGGUAGAUCACUGACAAAUCUUACUGGGUUAAGAUAGUACUUGAGCUGGAAACUUGUUUGGAAUAACUUGAGGGUAUCUCAAGAAUUCUAAAGGGCUUUGGUGGGUCAUGGAACAAAACCAUUUGGGAACCACUGGUCUGGCACCUGGCUUGUGUGAACUGAAUUGGUCACUGUGGACCACUGAACCUCUGGGGCGUAGACUUUUGGGACUUACUGUGAAACGGCCUUGAACGGACCAGCAGCCAGUCUGACGGGUUCGCCUUGCAGGCACUAAAGACAAAACAUUGAAAUACGCUGCACAAGACUGCCCUUCUGAAGUGAAGCUAAAAGAUGUGCCGUUACACAUGGUGAAGGACAGACUGUGACAAUGUGAAGAGGAGUACAGUUUCAAUGUAUAAAACAAAAACAAAAAAACACUCAAAUGUACAGAUGUCUCUCAGCUGUAUUUUUUUUUACAGUUUAAUCAAUACAUCCUAUUAUGUACAGGAAGGCUAUUCUACUCCUCAUAAUCACAAAGAUAUACAGUUCUGGUCUGUAUAUGAUUAUAGCUGUUUACUAUUUUCAGAUAGAGCACACUUGCUUAUGUACCAGUUAAACAUUGCGCUAUGAGGAUGAAUGAAUGUGUCAAUACAUAUGAGUUGUUUUCUACAGUAUUACCAUAUUACACUGUCUGUCUUAUAUUUGUCUGGGCCCGUCAUGACGCUCUAGAAAUACAGUCCAGUUUAAAGGUAGACUCAGCAAUACAGCAGUACUCACACAACUAUUUCAUGUUUCUAAAUGAUUUCUUUAUUCAGACAAAGGGUACUGCUAUGGGAUCCCCCAUGGCUCCUAACUAUGCUAAUUUGUAUGUGGGUUACAUGGAGAAACAGUCUAUUUUCGAUCCUCUCAAAAAUGUUUUCUUGCCUAAAAUUAUUUGGAAACGGUAUAUUGAUGAUAUUUUUGUUCUAUGGAGAGGUGAUCCAAAACAGCUCCAGGCGUUCCUUGCUUUUCUUAACUCCUGUUCUGAACAUCUGAGAUUUACUAUGCAAUCUGAUACACGUCAAAUUAGUUUUCUUGAUCUUCUGAUCUUGUGUGAAAAUAAUGUUCUAUACACUGAUCUUUACAGGAAACCUAGUGAUCGUAACAGUUUGUUGAGGGCUGACAGUUGUCACCCACUUCCCUUGAAAAAUAGUUUGCCCUACAGCCAAUUCUGUCGAAUCAAAGGGAUUUGCAGAAAACAAUCAGAUUUCGACAGAAAUAUGGCUGAGACGCAAAGAAAGUUCAAGGAGAGGGGGUACAAAAAUGAUCCGACUAAUAUUCAAAACAAACCGAGACGUGACCUUUUUCAAGGACAGUCUCGCAAAAAGACGCAUUCUUGCAUUCUAACUACCCGCCAUUCAAAGCGCUGUGCUCAAUGCAAUGGCACUUAUAAAUGCAGAUCCUUCAAACACCCACAAACAGGGAAAUCGAUCCCAAUCAAAGGUGUUAUUUCGUGCUCCACUAAGGCAGUUAUUUAUCUUAUAACUUGUCCUUGUGGUAAAAAUUAUGUGGGUAAAACAAAGCGCAAAUUAAAAUUACGUAUCUCAGAGAAUCAUAGCACCAUUAGGUGCAAAAACUUGACUUACCCAGUUGCCUCACUUUUUGGAGGCAGGCCAUUCGAUUUCGUCGUUUUUUUUGGCAUCGAACAUGUCACCCUCCCUAGGAGAGGGGGUGACCUUGAUAAUUUAUUGUUAAAACGAGAGGCUGCCUGGAUCUUUAACUUAAAGACCCUUGCUCCCUUCGGUCUCAACGUAGACUUUGAUCUGAAGCCAUUCUUGUGAUUAUUGUGACUUUGCCAUUGUAAUUGUUUGUAAGCUUGUGUAGUCUAAAAUGAAUCUAUGAUCGUAUGCUAUCCAUUUGUUUUUUGUAUGCUGCUCUUUGUAUGCCAUUUUAAUAUUUGAGAAUUAACCAAUGAUAUUAGGCCACUCUUGGCCAUGAUUACAGACACCUGUGUGUCUUUUGACACUAUAUAAACGAGUCACCCCUCAGUGUUUGAUUAUACCCUGAUGAAGACAGCUUGGCUGUCAAAACGUUGGACAUUACAUUUUUGCAUCUGAGCUCCUAGAGUGUGCGGCUCUCCUUUAUUUUUAAGUUUUCUACUCCGCUAGCCAGCACCUCGCCUAAAUAGGUGUGCGUUUCUUUUUCUUCUAGACUCAGCAAUAGCAUAAUCAUCUACAGCAGGGCAGCUUCCUGCUUCACAGGCAACAACGUAAGCCUACAAGAAAGUGUGUGCCCUCAGGACUGGAGGGAAGCAAAAUUAAUUCUGCUUCCCAAGAUCAGCAAAGCACCCUUUACUGGAUCAAACAAUUUACCAAUCAGCCUGUUACCAACCCAUAAAAACAACUUUUGUAAAAAACUGUGUUUGACCAGACAAAAUGCUCAUUCACAGUAACAAAUUAAUUAACAGAGUUUCGGCACACUUAUAGGAAAGGUUAAUUCAGCGUGUGUGGAUCUUACACAAAUGACUGAUGAUUGGAUGAGAGAAAUGUACAAUAACAUUUUUUGUGGGA